GAACAAUAAAAUGCUUCAAGAACUACCGUCCGAGCUAAUAUCCUGUAUAGCCACAUAUCUCCCAACAGCCACUGCUGGCGAGCUAGCACAGACAUGCAACCACUGUUAUUGGUCCCUCCUCCCCACUCUCUACCAAGACCUCACCAUCACCAAACCUCAAGCCCUUUUCGCAUUAUCCUCCAAACUCUCCACAAACAAGUUGUAUUCGGAACGUGCCAGUCGAUACGUCCGUACCAUUUCCAUUGCCGAUCACUCACAACGAACACUUGCGCGAUACGCAGCGACAUCUGUUCUUGAUCAUGUCUUAUCUGGUUGGGAACAACAACAAAUCGACGAUGAAUACCACAAAGAAGAACAACAACAACAAGUGAAACAGCCUAUUUAUUUCUUGGCCACCCUCCUCGAUACCCUCUUUCCACGUCUCACUGAUUUUGUCAUGGAUUUCGGUCUAGUUGCUCAAGGUCUUGAAUUCGGCUAUAGCGGCGACAGCCCUAUACCCACAUCAUCAAGCAGCAGUAGUAGUAGCACUGAUUUUUCGGGACAUUUAAAACUGAUCCACUACCGGCCAAGCCAGCCAUCUCACUUGUAUUCCCUGUUGGCGCCCUUUGCCAAAACCACUCGACUGACCCUGCACACGCGACCCUACUUGUCUCUUUGCGCGGCUAUCCAGGAUUCACUCUUGAUGGAAGACGACAUGGAUGCAUUGAUAAAACUCGAUAUGCGCACCAUGACACGACUCGAGCUGGCUUAUGUCGACGACUUGUUGCAUGUCGAAAAAUUCCAUGAUAUGUUUUCCACCCUAUACAGCGUGUAA